UCUCUCGCUCUCCGCUGGACUGUAGUGUGUGCUGCGAGUGGGUGUGGUCGAAGGCGCGCAUGCGCCCAGCUCGCGAGGGGAAGGUAGAGCAGCUAUUGGUCUCCGGGGCAACGCCCACUGACUGACUGCUCGUCUAAAGAAAGGAAGUGCCCUUUAAGAAGUGGGAGGGGCUUUUGAAAUCCCACCUCUUUAGAAGCCUGACAGCUCAGGGGUUGGGCUCUGGAGGGGCCCCUGGCCAAGGAUGUGGGAUACGUAGCCACGGUUGCCCCACGUCUCCUUCACAGCCUCCCCUUGACGCACCCAUGCAGGUCCUGUUAGAAAUGGCGUCUUCCCCGGAGGCCUUGCAGCAGCCUGUCGAAACUGCCCCUAAAGAUGGGGAAACUACUACCAUGGCUCCGCCCGCUGUCCCUCCCCCGCAGCCAGACGUCAAACUCGCGAAGGAGGGCGCGGAGCCGCAGCUGCCGCCUCGCGUGCCGAAGAACGGCUUCCAGGGGAAGAGGAGGAACAGCUUCAACGUGGGCUUCAAGCACCCGCUGCCAUUCAAGCGGCGGAGGCGGGUCAACUCGGACUGCGAUCCCGUCCUGCCUUCCAACUUCCACCUCGGGGGCAACAUCUUUGACCCGCUCAACCUCAACAGCUUGCUAGACGAGGAUGUCAACCGGACCAUCAACGCCGAGACCCCAAAGUCUUCGCCGCUUCCUCCUCGCAACCGCGACCCCGUGGAGAUUUUGAUCCCCAAGGACAUUACCGACCCACUGAGCCUUAACACCGAUGCCAGCGACGUGGAGCUCCUCCUCUCCCCGCUCAAGAGCGGUAGAAAAAGGCGCCGCCAUCGGCAUCACCCGUCCACGGACGUACCCACCAAGGGGACGGUGGGGCUGGUCGAAGAGGUCGAACCGACGCCUGAGGAGCUACGGCCAUACGAACUCAACACUGCCAUUAAUUGCCGCGAUGACGUCGUCCCUUUGCCCUCCCUGGACAACGAAGGACCCGAUGGGGCGACGGCCAGCGGCACGUGUACGUCAGGCACGAGGCACCGCAAGAGGAGGAGGACAUCCAGCAAGUCGGAAGGGAGGCAGGGGAGUCCCGAGAAAGGCAAGACUUUGGCCAGUGUGGUCACCACCGCCAAGCCUCAAGGCAGUAUGGUGGUGGCCUCCAAGCUGCCCUGUUCUGGGCCCAAGGGCAAAGAGAAGAGCCGCUUCCAGUACGGGAAUUACUGCCGGUACUACGGAUACCGGAACCCUUGCCGGACGGACGAUCCCCGCAUGCGGGCUCUGAGGCCCGAGUGGUUCGGGGGCAAGACGGUGUUGGACAUUGGCUGCAACGUUGGCCAUCUGACCCUAUGUGUGGCACAGCAUCUGAGACCCUCGCUCAUAGUGGGUCUGGACAUUGACGGGUCGUUGAUUCGAGCCGCCCGGCAGAACAUAAGACAUUAUCUCUCGGAGUACGAGAAAGGCGGUGGUGGCAGCUACCCCGCGGCACUGGCUGCCAUGCGGGGCCCCAUCGCUGCUCCGGUUCUGCCAACUGAGGCAGGGAAGAGGAGCAAAGACGAGAACUGCGUCUUCCCGCACAACGUGACGUUCGUCAAGGGUAACUACGUGGUGGAGCGGGAUGAGCUGGUGGAGGUGCAGCAGCCGGAAUACGACGUCGUCUUGUGUCUCAGCAUCAGCAAGUGGGUCCAUCUCAACUGGGGAGACCAGGGGCUGAAACGCAUGUUCCGGAGAAUCUACAGGCACCUGUCUCCGGGGGGGGUCUUCAUCCUGGAGCCCCAACCCUGGUCCUCGUACGGCAAGAGGAAGAAGCUGACGGAGGGGCUAUAAUGGGGACCGGCUUGUGAUUUUAUCUCCCUGAAGCCGGACCAGUUCACCUCCUACCUCAUGUCUUCCGAAGUCGGCUUCUCCAGUUAUGAACUGCUGGCUGCGCCGUGCGCCUCAACGAAAGGGUUCCAGCGUCCGAUCUACGCGUUUCACAAAUCGGGCCCCCGAGUGGAGCUUCCUACGCCGUCCUCGCCCCGCAGCGCGCCCCCGGUCCAGGCCUAG